AUGGCUCCUCUGUGGCUGCUGAGCUGUCUGGUGCUGGCGGGCUGUGUCCCUGCCACCCUCGCCCUGGAGAGCUGCGGUGUGCCCGCCAUCACACCCGUCAUCCGUGGCUACAACCGCAUCGUCAACGGGGAGCCGGCGGUGCCGGGGUCCUGGCCGUGGCAGGUGUCCCUGCAGCACAACAACGGCUUCCACUUCUGCGGCGGGUCGCUGAUCAGCGAGAACUGGGUGGUCACCGCUGCCCACUGCAGUGUCAGGACCACCGACAUCGUGGUGGUGGGUGCGUAUGACCAGGACUCUCCCUCCGGUGAUGAGCAGAAGCUGACCAUCGAGAAGGUCUUCAAGAACCCCAGGUUCAACCUGCUGACCAUCCGCAAUGACAUCACGCUGAUCAAACUGGCCAGCCCUGCGCAGCUGUCGGCCCGUGUGACCCCCGUCUGCCUGCCCCAGGCCAACGACCACUUCCCGGGGGGCCUGACCUGCGUCACCACUGGCUGGGGGUUGACUGACCCCAAGGCCUCGCAGACCCCGGCGGAGCUGCAGCAGGCGGCCCUGCCCCUGCUCACCAACGCGCAGUGCAAGCAGUACUGGGGCUUCCGCAUCUCCAGCGGGAUGGUGUGCGCCGGCGGCGACGGGGCGAGCUCCUGCAACGGCGACUCCGGGGGCCCGCUGGUGUGCCAGAAGGACGGCGCCUGGACCCUGGUGGGCAUCGUGUCCUGGGGCAGCAAAACCUGCGACCCCAACGUGCCCGGCGUCUACACCCGCGUCACCGAGCUGCUGCCCUGGAUCGACUCCAUCCUGGCGGCCAACUGA